GCGGCAUUUCACUUGCUUACCUUAUAAAAGUGAGUCGCAUUCCUGAUUGUCGUCCAGAGCAGCAGCAGCAGCAGCAGCAGUCUUCGCUCACCGUGCCUGCCCUCAUUGUCCGACCCUUCCUUGCUUCUUUUUGUUAUCCGUUUCUCCUCAAAUCUACUGCCGUAUCCCCGAGUGUCUGGUACACCCGGCUUACCUGUAGCAUCCAUCUAUCCAUCCAUCUACCCAUUCAGCUUGCUUUCCACCAGCACCUCACGAUUAAUUGGUAAUUCAUAAUACACAUCAAUCGCGAUACAGCACAGGAUAUCCUCUUCCAGUCAACAGCCACCACUCCACGAUCGCAUCAUAUAGCACAACCCAUACCACCAGGAUGGGCAUCGUCGACGGCAUCCGGGAUGGACACGGCGGCGUCGUCGGUGGAGUUGCACGCCUCACCCUACGAUUUCUCCAAUUCGUCAUGGCCCUCACAGUUGCCGGCCUGUAUGGCGUGGACCUCCAGCGCGGCCGCAAAGCUGGCGUCGCAGCAGACGGGAAAUGGGUGUAUGCAGAGGUUGUAGCUGGAUUGUCCGCCGUGACCAUUCUGAUCUAUGCCAUCACAUUCGCCAUGGACUUCCACCACUUUUGCUUUGCCUGGGACUGUAUCCUGUUCAUACUGUGGACCGCACUCUUUGGUCUCUUCGGCAAGAUCUAUAUCCCCGCAAACCCCACUCCCGAGCAACACGGCCAGCAGAGAAUGAAGAGCGCGGUGUGGGUGGAUCUGGUGAACAUGCUGCUCUGGUUCAUCACGGCCAUUUGGUUGACGGUGCGCUUCCUGACCCGUAAUCGACGAACUUUGCACACCGGCCGCGCCAUUGUGUAGAAUGGUUUGGAUGCGAAGCUGGCGAGUAUGGAGGUGGGCAAGGUCUGAUGAAGAGGGUUGGAGAGUAUACUCCUGGCAGACAUGGUCUGCUCGAGGGCGAAUACGUGGAAAGAUGGAUGGAUUGGAUCGAAUGGGCAGGACGAAGGCCGGAGGAGCGUGGUUUCGAGGAGUGCAUUGUCAUUGUCAGCGAGGAAUUGUGAUACCCCAGCCUGUGCUUCGCCGUUGGUCGCGUCUCGUAUGCUUUGCCCGAGGUCGUCGUAUUUCGUACUGCUACCUACCUAGAUGCUCAGUACCUUUAUUAAGCGUGAUUGG